AUGGCGGACUCAACAUACAUCAAACCGGAGCCAUAUAUCAAGCCCGAUCCCGAAGCCAUACCUGCCGCUCCUGUCGACGACGAUGACCUAUACGAAGAUGCUGGCGAUCUGGAGUUCUUCGACCAAUUCGGCGAUCAAGGCUCCUUCGGCCAGGCAUAUUUAGCACGCGUUCCGAAGGACCUGUGGGAAGCAUGGGAUAGCUUGCCGGAUGACGCAGAAAUCGAGAUCGGCACCAUGCGACAGUGGGAUGUGGUCCGUCCAGAUGGCAGCGUUGAGCACCGUUUCAAAAUGCUACUCAAUUCCGACCGCGCCGAGCACCAGCUGAUGCCGAAAGAAUACGACUUGGAGAUGGGCAAGGAGAUCGCGCGGAGCACGUUUGUUUUCACCGAGGAGGACCUACCUGGCUUCAAGGCCAAAUCCAAGGCGCGAACAGACGCUGCAAAUGCUGGCAUCCCGGCUCGAUUCCUGAGACCCAAGACGGAGAAGGUGGAGAAGAAACCAUUCGAGAAGGGCCGCAAAUGGCAACCGUACUACCGCAAGGCGAUUCCAAAGAAGACAAAGAUUGCCGCUAGAAUCCAGUACGAGCUGGCGUGCAAGCCAGUCGAUAACGCGGAGAGCCAGGCAAUUCUUCAACGGAAGCAAGUCGAGGCUCAGCGGCCCAAGCAUACCUUGCAGAUCAUGGAACAGCGCGCAGCCAACAGCAUUAUUCAUCAUGGCUCUGCAGCUGCGGUUGAGAAGUUUGGCUCCUUCAUUAAAACGUCUGCGCCUACCAAGGCCACCAAGCCGAAGAAAUCUGAAAACAGAUCCGCCCGCAUGUCGGAGGAACAACUGUUGGAUGGUCUCAUGGAGGCUUUCAGGAAGUACGAGUACUGGAAGAUGUCGAUCCUCAAAGCUAGAUUUGACCAGCCCGAGGCUUUCUUACGCCAGACAUUGGAAAAGAUAGCAGUACUUAACAGAUCCGGCAUUCACGCCAACGAGUGGUCGCUUCAGGAGCACUUGAAGAGCAUGGCGUCCGGCGCCACUAAUGAGACGGCACCGGAGGAAGCCGCCGCAGAGGACGACGAUGACGAAGUGGUUAUGGAGGAUGUUGUCUAG